AUGGGCCCUUCUCUGAGAGACCACGCAUCUUUUGUCCGUCCGUCCACACGCGACCGGCCCUCAACUCGCGAUCAAGGGGAAAACUCGCUGGUCGUUCCUAGUCGCACCUCCUCGCUUCACUCCCGCAUUACGCAACCCAUCCCUUCACAAGCCAAUCCGAAAGCUGCUCAACGGACCCCCAAGACCCUCACGCAUGCCUACAUGGUUUGCGGCGUGGGCCGGGAACCCUCCCAAUGGGUCCGAGCCCCCGCGCCAGCGCAGGGAAAGAUCGGUCACAUGAAAGGGGCCGUGGGCCAAUUUUGGUUGCCCGAGAUCCUGGGAAGCAGUCCCCGAUUGGAACAGGACAAUGAAAUCGCCAAAUCCCUGCAUUCGGCCAUGAGGGCUUGUUUCCCCCACGAUGUAGAGAUUUGCACCGGCAAGAGCCAGCCUCACUGCGUUCACCAUGCUUUCGUCCUGCAGCAGGAUUCUUCCCACACUUUAUACGGUAUCGCUCUGCGAGUCUGGUCCCGGGCGGAUGACAAGCGUGCGGAAACAAUUCGCGAACUGCGCAAGAAAACGGAGCCGGAUUUCUACGAUAACCCGGAGGAGACGUACUGGAUCCCAUACUGUCUGAGCUUCCUUUCCCGCUAUCCCCUCUACGACCUAUUGGGCGACUAUCUUCGUGGCAUGUGGAUUCAUUGGAACAAAGCGACCAACCUCUUUCACGCGGAAGAAGUGUCAAGGAUUCUGAGCUUCCCUGCCCCUCGCCUCAAUGACCUGGUUCGCAUCGAUAUGAAGGAUUAUGCCCUUUGCUAUCAGUUCCCUUCGUCCCCGACGGGAUUCCAAAACUUUUCCAUGUGGCCCCUAUUCGCCUGCCUGUCGAUUCCCAACGUUGUGGGUGUCGUCGAAGCCGCCGUAUCACCAACGCGCCGCAUAAUCUUCGUCAGUCAUUACCCUGCCAUGCUCACUAUGGCCGCCGAAACCAUCCGUUACUGCGUUCGCAUCUACGAAUGGAGCGGUCUCUACGUUCCUGUUGUACACGCUCGUCAUAUCAAGGACUUGGUUCAGGAGCCCGGUCCGUACAUUCUCGGUGUCACAGCUGAGUGUCGAACCCUGUUCAACGCUCCGUCAGAUGCUCUGGUCGUCGAUCUGGACCGCAACUUCGUUCUGACAUCGAGCCCGCCCGACGUCCUCAGCCCUGGUCAACGCACCAAGUUCAUCAACAGGCUAACCCAGGCGUUGAACGGUGAUGUAUCGCCCUCUGGUGUUCCGAACCACCUUCGCUCCGCUUACGCCGGUGGCAAGCUCAUCCCAGCUGGGCAAAUUAUUGUGAUGCGGGGUGAAGUCGAGAGCGUUCAGGAUCCAUCUUGGUGGAACCAGGAUGCCGUGAUGAAUGUCAUGGACCAUGUGUGCGAGAAAUUGGGACGCAAUACUGGCAUGAAGGCCAUCUUUGGUGGCUCUGUCAAGAAGCCCCUUAUGACCAAGGUGUCUAUGCGCCAUCUGAAUGAGAUCGUGCGUGAGAGGAACCAAUACUCCCGCGAUGCGAUGGAAGCUUGGCAAGAUUUCAUCAACCUCAAGGGUCGUAUGGACACAGAGUUGAGCAAGGUCACCAAGCGCAACAACUUCCUGGUUGAGGAACUGGAGACCUGGAAGCAGCAGUUCCUCAAGUUCCAGGCUUUCGCAGAGCAGCUCACCAAGGAAACCUCUGAGCUUAAGGUCAAGAUUGAAAACCACAAGCGCGAGAAUCGUCGUCUCACUGGUCUCAUUGAUCAACAGAAGGAUGAUGUGGCUCGUCUCUCACUCCGCUUGUCCGGCACGGAGAAGCAGCGUGAUGAUGCUCUGGAGGCAUUGGUUCUUCAGCAGGAGAUUGCAGAAGAACUUGAGCGCGAACGGAAGCGCAACCAAAAGGAACUUGCUUCCUUGCAGCACACCAACGUGUCCCUCGCACGGCAGCGUGACGAGGCUCAACGCGUGGUCCUGGGUCUCCGGAGCCUUAUCAACGGCCAGACACAUCACAUGGAACACAUCGUCCGCUCAAUUGGUAGCUCCGCGGAUCUGACUGAGCUGGCCGAGCACGAGGCAGCUGUGGAGACCAAGAAUGUUGAUUACGAGGCAGCGACCCCACGGGGGUCUGCUGCGUCAUCGCGACGCUCAAGUGCCAACGUGUCUGCGAAGGGCAUUGCCAACAAUGUGAGCCCUGAUUUGGAGCAACAUCUCGUGAACAUUGGUAAAGGGCACAACCGUCUUGCGCGUCUAAGCAUAACUGAUGUUGCAGAUCGCUACCUGCGUGACAAGACGGAUGCGAUUUCGGACAUCAUCCGCAGCAUCAGCGAGCAGUGCGCCGCCGCUGUGGAGGGCUUGCAACUGGCUCAGGAUGCGGAGGAGGAUGAUUCAGAUGUCACCGGCAAAGCUACCCCAAGCGGGAGCCGCCUGGCCCCUGAGGGUGGCCGUGGGCACCUGACACCAGCUGGUAGUGAGAUGGGCGACAGCGACAACCACUCGCUGCAUCCCGACUACCGGCGUUCCAGUGUUCCGCCCACUCCAGACCUGGUGCACAACCGGUCCAGCACUUCGAUGUCGAUGGUCAGCAGCUCGACGUUCCCGGAAAGGUCGAGUCAACAGUAUGGGCCUGGUGAGUUCCCGACCCGGAUAGUCGAGGACGAUGAUGAGCGUGCCCACGAGACCGAUGGUCUUGAUGACCACACUGAGACCGGCACUCUCUCCAAGCAGGCCAGCGAGGAUCUGAUGCGGUCCGGCUCUUCUCGACUGGUUGCGUGA